AUGAACCUUACCCCGCUUUUCUUCUAUGUCGUGCUUGUGGUUAGUCUCGACCCGCUAGCGCACUCCGCGUUCACGCCGCGGCAUCUCCGGGAACUCCAGCAUCGGACAAAACUUCUUUUCCAACAUGGCUGGCACUCGUACAUGGAGCAUGGUUUCCCCGCGGACGAAGUCAAGCCUAUUUCCUGUGUUGCCUAUGGCCCACAGCACACCUUGCCAGACGAUCUACAUAAAGACGUUUUGGGCAACGUUUCACUGACGGUACUAGAUAAUCUCGAUACGCUUAUCAUGAUGCACGAGUGGGAUGAACUCGAAACCGUAUUGCAUUACCUCAAGGUGAACCAGAAGGGCUAUUUUGACCAGGACCAUGUAGUGCAAGUUUUCGAGGCGUCUAUUCGAUGGCUAGGCGGGCUUCUCCUGGCACACUUGGCCCUUUCCGAGCUAGAUUGGCAGUCGGGCCCGGGCCAAAUCCAAGCAAUUGUGGCGGGCUACAACGGCUUUCUCUUGGAAAUGGCCUAUGACUUGGGGCUCAGGCUUAUUCCGGCGUACAAGACAUCCUCCAGCUUGCCGUUGCCCCGGAUCAACUUGGCAAAGGGUCUCGAUGCUGUGCCUUCCGCCAAAAAUAGAGAAGCAUGCACAGCAGGGGCCGCAACACCGUUUAUGGAGUUCUCGCUUCUCCUGCGGCUCACGGGCGACGAGCGCUUUGAAACUCUAACGCGCCUGACUUUCAACAAGCUUUGGGCUGCUCGCCUGUCGCUCGGAUUGCUUCCGAUGUCUCUAGAUCCGAUCGGCAGUAGGUGGCUAGAUGUCAUCACGGGGGUUGGUGCUCUGAUUGACUCAUUUUAUGAGUAUGCAUUGAAAGGCGCAAUCCUCUUCAACGACGACCAUUUGUGGGACAUAUUUUCUCAGUCCUACCAGAGUCUCAUCUCUCUCCUGGCAUUCCAACCAAGCGCCAACGGCUGGACGUAUUUUGCCAACAUACACACGACCUCGGCAGCGCGUGUGACCGCAUGGAUUGAUCUGCUUAGCGCUUUCUGGCCGGGGCUUCAAGUAUUAGCGGGCAGGCUUUCCGAUGCCGUGUCUAGCCACCUCGUGUUUCUCAAAAUUUGGGACCAUUUCGAUUCCAUUCCCGAAAGAUGGGACUCUAUGGCAUUUGGAAUGGACCAUCUCCUGGAAGCUGCCAGACUCUUACAGGCCGUGCCGCUCGAGUGGUAUCCGCUCCGACCCGAGUUCAUCGAGUCGACCUAUUAUCUAUAUCGUGCCACCAAAGAACCCAUGUACUUGCAAAUUGGCUUGCGCAUGUUGGACUUAUUUGAAACCCGCUUCAAGGCGGAGUGUGGGUUUUCCGGAUAUCAAGACAUCAGAACUGGGUCCAGACAAGACCGGAUGGAAACAUUUGUGUUGGGCGAGCUGCUCAAGUACUUGUAUCUCCUUUUCGACGAAGCCAACGAAAGCUACGUACAUAGUGCAACCAUGCAUCUGAAGAAUUGGGUGUUUUCAACGGAAGCACAUCCUCUUUGGUUGACAAAGGAAGUACAACAGCGAAGCCAAAAAUUAUUUGCUUCUUCAAUAUCACCUGAAAUCACGCAACUCAAAGACUUCAAAGGAAGGGGCUUUCUUGGAUCCAUGUGGAGAGGCUUGAUCCAUCCUCUGAACGAAUUGGAGUCUGACCUCGAUGAACACGAUGAGCAAAGCCACGUUCGCGAGGUCUCUCCCUUUGGCUCGGACUUACAGCCAGCGUUUAGUCAUUUGUUGUCCUGUGAAAUAAGGCCUAGUCAAUGGAAAAGUGACCGUCAAUUUUUUGGUUCUGGGUAUUACGAGUGGGACUGGCUUUUCUCGCCAAAUGAGGCCAUGGCAGGUACCUUGAUCCGACCUGAACAUCUACGGCUACUCGAUGAUAAUAGUACCAUUGAGCUACAGGAUUCAUUUCUUGCGAUCCAUGGGCUAUCACCAUACAAAAAAUGUGCCCUCGCAUCAACCACCACGAUUACAGAGUAUCAGAUUGGGCCCCUAAUGCGACCUGAGGAAUACAACAUGUACAGAGUCAACAGAAACAGUUCACUUUUUCCGUUUGCUGAGUCAGAUUUGGUCAUGCCUGAACUAAGAGGACGCUUUCGUAUGGAGCAUUUGAAGAAAGGUGCAAUUGAUAAUUGUGGUGUGACAAUAAAUACACAGUACUUGCAUGGGAUGUUACCUACCAACCCUCCAGGAGUAAGUUUCAGUCAGGAAAUUUCGCGUGUCAAUUUCAUCAAUGGGCUUCAGAUAGCACCAGGUACGACUUUGUGGAUACGCGCCAGCUACCUUGGAUCAAACCCAAACGUGUUUAUCGUGACAAAUGAAGGCGACGUAUACAUGACAGGAAAAUACGUGGAAAACCUCAAGGUGUACUGA